UUGGACGCACCUGUUGAUCCGUAAUCCUCGUGGCUGCCUUUCACAUCAAGCCUUUGCUUAGUAAACACCGACAGUCUGCAAUGAUGAAGCCAAAAUUGUUAAAAGACAACAUUACCAUUUGGAGGCUGUUUACAUUUGAGAGGCAGGCUGGCAUGCUGGCUUUAGGUGGAAAAGAGACACUCAAACAACGUAGUCCACAUUGAUUGACACAGCAGCCCACCUGUGCAUUCAGACAUCAUCGCGAAUCCUCAGUUGAGAUCAGCUAUUCUCCAAAAAGCAUCCUUUAUGUCCUAUGGGAUGAAAUGUCGCAGAUAAGUCAGACCACAGCAUCAAAUCUGAAUGAAGGUUACCCUGUGACUAAUCUGACUUUAGUGGUGCUUUUGCUCAUACCCUGUGUGGUUAUUCUGCUCCUGCUGAACUGUCUGUUUCUGGGCUACAAGUUACUGAUCCUGUCAAAGAAAAACGGCAGACAAACUAGAGAGGACAAAGAGAUGCUACUGCAGUCCAACCUUAACCUGCACAGAGUCGGGAGACCAUCCGAUUCGGUUUUUACACCUCUACAGGAUGGGAGGAGAGCGUAUAUGUCUCUAUCGGAGCCCGUCCUGCCCCAUCCUGUCACCUCAUCCCGGGCAUCAUCUAGGGAGAGAGCGAGCAGGAUGGAUCAUAGGAUCCGGCUUCUGAGGCCAGACGGUGCCACAGGGUCAGGGUCUCUGAGGGCGCCGAGCACCAUCCGGGCCACCUCCUCUGCGGCUGGUUACACCCCAAGAAUGAACCUGGCCUCUGGCUCACGGAUUUACAGCGUCAGUAAAGCGGGCUGGUGUAAAAGUGCUCCACUUUUAGCACAGUCCAGUGAUUCAGAGGCUGAGACCAGAGUGAACCUGGUCCCACCAAACUCUCCUAUGCAGGAGACAGAACACGAAGGGCACAUUCGCCGUAGCAGAUCUUAUGAUAUGCUGACAGCUGUGAGUCCAGGUGUUGCAGUUCAUGUGUUUGACAAAGUGGAUAUGGAGUUUGAAUGCACCAACCAACCCUUAGAGACGUCCUGCCUGAACACAUCAGCAGUGGGUCCUGGACUGGACAGUGACUUUGGAGCCAGUGCAGGUGUGUCCCUACGGAUUCUGUCUGCAGACAGUGAUGGUCUGUCUAACGGUGUUCUAUCUUCAGCCUUGGAGUGGGAUUAUUAUGACCCAUGCUACGUCAAACAGAAUAAUUUACCCAAACACAAACACCACAGACCAGUGAUUCACACUAAACAGUACUGGGUCUGAUUUGCCCACACUUUCAGUGUUUGAAGUAGUUUUAGCGUUUAUUUAUUUUAUAUCCUAUUUAUUUUAAUCUAAAAGCUUAUAUGUGUUCUAUUGUUUGUAAAGAGUUAAUUUAUUAAAUUAGUUUCACUGUUAAUCACUUUGACUUCACAAAUGAACACCGCUUCUUUGACGUAGAAUGCACUGAGUUUGAUCAUAGUUUAAUAUUUUUCACUAAACACACAUUCACCAACGUUAUUGUGGCAUAUUGAAUAUGUGCUUCUUCACCUAUUGUUAUAGUUAUAAUCACAGUUAUAGAUUUCAGGAGCAAACAAUCACACUAACAUUUCUGUUCAAUAAUUUUGUUAUAUAUUUUGAAUCACUGAACAAUAAAGAUAUAUUUAGAGUUUA